AGUCCAGCCCAGUUCUUGAUCUCAAGGCAGAAUAUGUUGGUGUGACCUCUAUCAACUUAACAUGGGCAGUGAGCAACACUGCUUCCAACUCCUACACGUACAUGAUAGAGGUUGUAAAUGGUACCUCUGUUACGAACCUGACGUCCAAUGUCACCGAAGCCUUAAUUACCGAGUUAAUCCCUGGGACAAUGUACAAUUUCACAGUAUUUGCAGUAGCGACUGAUGGUCAGACGGAAGGAGAAGGAGUGUCCUUAAGCCUGUACACAAAGUCCAGCCCAGUUUUUGAUCUCAAGGCAGAAUAUGUUGGUGUGACCUCUAUCAACUUAACAUGGGCGGGGAACGACACUGUUUCCAACUCCUACACGUACAUGAUAGAGGUUGUAAGUGGUACCUCUGUUUGGAACCUGACAUCCAAUGUCAACAAAACUGAAAUUACUGAGUUAGUCCCUGGGACGAUGUACAAUUUCACAGUAUUUGCAGUAGCGACUGAUGGUCAGACGGAAGGAAGAGGAGUGUCCAUAAGCCUGUACACAAAGCCCAGCCCAGUUCUUGAACUCAAGGCAGAAUAUGUUGGUGUGACUUCUGUCAACUUAACAUGGGCGGUGAACGACACUACUUCCAACUCCUACACAUACGUGAUAGUGGUUGAAAGUGAUACUUCCGUUUGGAACCUGACAUCCAAUGUCAACAAAACUGAAAUUACCGAGUUGAUCCCUGGGACAAUGUACAAUUUCACAGUAUUUGCAGUAGCGACUGAUGGUCAGAUGGAAGGAGAAGGAGUGUCCAUAAGCCUGUACACAAGACGGAUUGUUGUUUUGUCUUUCACAGAGCCCAGCCCAGUUCUUGAUCUCAAGGCAGAAUAUGUUGGUGUGACUUCUGUCAACUUAACAUGGGCAGUGAAUGACACUGCUUCCAACUCCUACACGUACAGGAUAGAGGUUGUAAAUGGUACCUCUGUUUGGAACCUGACAUCCAAUAUCACCGAAGCUGAAAUUACCGAGUUAAACCCUGGGACAAUGUACAAUUUCACAGUAUUUGCAGUAGCGAACGAUGAUCAGACGGAAGGAGAAGGAGUUUCCAUAAGCCUGUACACAAAGCCCAGUGCAAUCCAUGAUCUGAAGGCAGAAUAUGUUGGUGUGGCUUCUGUCAACUUAACAUGGGCAGUGAACGACACUGCUUCCAACUCCUACACGUACAGGAUAGAGGUUGUAAGUGGUACCUCUGUUUGGAACCUGACGUCCAAUAUCACCGAAGCUGAAAUUACCGAGUUAAUCCCUGGGACGAUGUACAGUUUCACAGUAUUUGCAGUAGCGACUGAUGGUCAGACGGAAGGAGAAGGAGUUUCCAUAAGCCUGUACACAAUUCCUAUGUUAGUGAAUUCAUUUCAGUGUGAACCAGUGGCCAAGGAGUCUAACCUAAUAUUGACGUGGGAAUGUCCUUCUGGUAACAAUUCUGGCUUCAAAAUUAAAAUAUUUAAUGAUACGUGGGAAACAGAAGAACGGAGUCCAUCCUGCGUGAGAGAAGGCUCAGAGGAAACCUUCAGUACAGCACCUUUAGAUUAUUACAGCACCUAUAAUGUUACUAUUGCAACUCUUUCAAAUGGUUCUGAAAGCCCUUCAGUGCAGAAACUGUGUAAUACGAGCAUUACUGACCCACCUGCUCCAAGCGAAGGUCCUUUAGUCAAGGCAGUCAGUCACAGCUCGUUGUCUGUUGAAUUCUCUGAUUUUGACUCGGUGAAUGGACCAUUAAAAGCCUACGCGGUAAUGAUCACAACAGAAGACCAAGGUUGUGAGUCUUUGGAGUCUGAACUGAACAAAACGUACAGAGACUUCAAGAAGAAGUUGACAGUCACCUAUGUAACAUACAUCGUCAUAGAUACAGAGCAGGCAAAAUCAUCUUUCCAUUCUCAGAAUGGUACAAACGUCGUAAGUGUAGGCAAGGGAAACACCAUGUAUGGCUACGAAAACGGACCAUUGAUUCCACUUCGUUCAUACAGGGCAAGCGUUGCAGGUUUCACUAAUAUAACCUUUAAUACGGACAACAUCAUUGUGGGGGAAGAUAGUUAUGUAUCGUUUUCACCCUGUUCUGAGGCCGUUUUGCUACCCCAGGAUCCAGGUGUUAUUGCUGGAGCUGUUAUUGGAUGCCUUUUAGCUAUAUUGGCUGUAGUCGCUAUAGGGGGUUUCAUAUUCUGGAGAAGGAGAAGGAAAGAUAAAAGAAAUACUGAAGUGUCCUUUUCUCCAAUAAAAGUCAAGAAAUCAAAAAUGAUUAAAGUGGAGAACUUUGAGUCCUACUUCAAGAAGCAGCAAGCUGACUCCAACUGUGGCUUUGCUGAAGAGUAUGAGGAACUCAAGUCUGCUGGUGUUCAUCAGCCUAAAUUUGCUGCUGAACUCGCAGAGAACAGAGGGAAAAAUAGAUACAACAACGUCUUGCCAUAUGAUAUUUCUCGUGUUAAACUUUCAGAUCAAGGCUCUACAACUGAUGAUUAUAUUAAUGCAAACUAUAUGCCUGGUUAUAUCUCAAAGAAGGCAUUUAUUGCUGCACAGGGUCCUUUACCCAACACUAUAGAAGACUUCUGGCGCAUGAUUUGGGAAAAGAAUAUCUACUCUAUUGUUAUGUUGACAAAAUGUGUUGAACAAGCCCGGACAAAAUGUGAGCAAUAUUGGCCAGACAAACAAUCCAAGAGCUAUGGUGACAUUAUUGUGACAACAGUCUCGGAGAUUGUCCUUCCAGAAUGGACAAUAAGGGACUUCACUGUAGAAAAGUCCAACACACUGGAGAGCCACACCGUGCGCCAGUUCCAUUUCACCUCCUGGCCAGAUCACGGGGUGCCAGAGACAACAGACCUUCUCAUCAACUUUAGGCACCUUGUUCAUGAGUACAGCAGUCAAAAUCCAAUCGACUCUCCUACUCUGGUGCACUGCAGUGCUGGUGUCGGCAGGACGGGGACGUUCAUUGCCAUUGACCGCCUGAUCCAGCAGAUCGAAAUGGAGAAUACUGUGGAUGUGUACGGAGUGGUGUACGACCUCCGCAUGCACCGACCUUUAAUGGUGCAAACUGAGGACCAGUACGUCUUCCUAAACCAAUGUGUUAUGGAUAUUAUUAGAUCCCAGAAGGAGAAGAGAACUGAUCUUAUUUACCAAAACACGACAGCAAUGGCAAUCUAUGAAAAUUUCACACCUGGGCCAGGCUUUGGGAAGGUCAAUGGCUACCACGCAUAGCCUGGAAGGAACACAGUGUCUUCAGGAGGUGUUACCUGUGCAUAGGAAAGGGAGAUGUUCCACUCAUGUUUUCCAGGAUUACGUGCAGUGUCUCACGUCUGGCUUCUCCAGUUCUGUCCGCAUUCGAAGAUAUGAUCUACAGGAGCAGAAACACAAUGCUGGCAGGAGCCAGAGAUUGAUACUGAAAAAAAAAAAAAAAACCAACAAGAAAAAC